AUGCGCGCCUACAUGACUCUUCUCCUGACUGCUGCUGUCGUGACAGACAUCGCAAACGCUUUCGGCUUUGAGGGAAUGGAAGCUACUUUGGCGAACACGAACCGUUCUGGAGUCGUUGACUACGACAGAGUCCGUGACGAUCGGCAGUCAUGGGAACACGGCAGCAAGAAUGGAGAAGAGAGGAUGCUAGGCGACGAAUUAGCCAAGACAGCGUUACUCAAGUUGCAUGGAAAAUUUUUGCGUGACAUCAAGACGAAAUUGCUUGCCUAUCGUUCCGAAGACACGCUCACAGAAACCGGUCGCACGCUGCUAGAACUAUUCGAUACGCACGUUGCAGAGCAGUCCGUCGCGAAGCUCUCCAGUGCCGACAUGCUAAAAUAUUGCGACCUCGACCGUGAAACUGCCGUGGAAAAUAUGAUUACAGACUUUUCGAACCACAAAGACGGCAUGGAGCAUGUUCUGAAGGCAAUGCUCUACAUUAGGGACACAACAAAAAAAGGUGCAUCGAAACGCCGUACGGCAGGAAAAAAUGGCAGGUUCGCUAAGAGAAAGAGGAAACCAAAAGUCAACUUCGAAGUGCAGCGAAAAAUGCUGGACAAUUUCAUUAAACGAUACACCGAGAAUGAAGCUGAGGCGUUGCAGGAGCUGGAUGACGUUUUGAUAGUCUUUGAUGGAUGGGCUAAAUUUUCUACUGCUCUGUCGAUCGCGUCAAAGAGCCAAUUAAUUGGAAACGGAGCAAUGCAGUUGCGGGAUGCGGUCAUCAAGAAUUGGCUAACGAGUGAAAAAACAGUCGACCAAGUUUACGACAUGCUGGAGGUUUCCGAAUUGGGGGAGGAUGGUCUGACGUACGAAAAUCUGGAUACGUUCAUCCAAUUUGUUAAGCUGCACAACAAGGAAGUUGCUGGCUCCCAGACCUCUUGGCCGGCGUACCUGAGAAAGAAGUUGGGCAAAGAUAUAUUUGCGGCGAUGCUAAGUAAAGGUGUGGAGAAGUCCCAAUAUGCCAAAGAGAUUGAAACGAAACUCAAAGAGCUGUGGAAGGAGAAAGGCAACCCUACAACUUGUUGUAUCAACCAAUUGGGAGACGCUGACGCUGGUUGGGAAGACUUACUGGAGAUUACAGAGCAUCAUCCGAUUGCAGUGGGCGAAGAAAACUCAAAGCCGGAUAAAUUGAGUGAAAACCUUGAUGAAGAGCUCGACUUGAUUCUGUAUGGCAGUAAAUCGUAG